GUCAGCAUGAAAAACAAGCGUCGCAUGAACAUCUGAACGAUCUGAUCGAUGGAUAUCAGCGUCGGGCAGCCAAGCUCAUUCGUAUGAUCGCGCUCGCCGUGCUUACAUCGGAUUCGGUUACUUGGGAACGCACGUUGGGGAAGAGUUGUGUUAUUGAGGGUGUUUUUCCGGCGAGGAUUGAAAAAAAAGUGAUUAGUUGUGGUUAGUUAGUGCCCAUAAAGCGGAACGCAUAGUUGACAAAUGAUCUCUUAAUAGCCGGCUGGAAUUUUGGCAAUUCGAGUAGUGGAACAACAAAAACUGUUUUCUACUGAUCAUGCAGUAACGAAGUGCAUCUACAGGUGUGCUAGCCGGAGAACAAUGCUACUGAUCCGGUGAAAUUCCCAUGAUCCAAGAUCAAAUCGAAAGAUAAGAAGCGUAAUUCGAACCCGAGAAUCAAUUAGCGGCCGAGUGCAUCGAGUGUGCGUAAGUUUUUAGAGAUCACUUCCUGUUUUGAAGUAUCGACUCAAGACUGUUCUUGAACCACCCGAAACCUCGCUCCCAUCUAAUCCUACGUAACCGCUAAUGACCUUGCGCUCGAUGGAUGAAUAUUGCCAAAACAGCAAAGUGAACGUAAUUAAUUUUUGCAAGUGAGUGGCCCCAAAAGCGCAAAAGAAGAAGCGAGAAUAUAAAUAAUCUUGUGAAGCCAUUCGUCGUGCGGUGCCAUCGGCAGAUCGUGCGCCGCCAAAUUAUGAUCGAUUGUUACACCUUGCUGCUAGUGCUGGUUGGAUAAUCGCUGUGUAAAAAUUUUGCCAAACAGUCAUCCAGCAUCCACCUCCACCGAGUGUCCCUGCUUGCAUGGAGCUGCGCUGAGAAGCGGAGAAGGAAUCGACAUGUCCCAGAAGUCGGACGACUCGUUCAUGAUUUCCAGUAUCUGCCUUGCCUCGGCGAUACUCAUCUUUGCGUUCGUGUACUUCCUAAGGAAAUUCUUCCAAGGAGGCCAAUUCAAAAAUAAGGACAUUCGACUGGACGCUAAAGUCGUGAUCAUAACCGGCGCUAACUCCGGUAUAGGAAAAGAGGCUGCUAUAGAAUGUGCCAAACGGGGAGCCCGCGUCUACAUGGGCUGCCGAGAUGCAAACCGCAUGGAAAAAGCCCGCCAGGAAAUUCUGGACAAAUCCGGCAGUCAGAACGUGUUCGGUUUGGAGUUGGAUCUAGCUUCGUUCGAUUCCAUUAGACAUUUUGUGCGAACAUUUCUGAGCAUGGAGCGACGGUUGCAUGUGCUCAUCAACAAUGCCGGAGUGAUGGCCUGCCCUAAAGAGUACACCAAGGAAGGAUUUGAAAUGCACUUUGGCGUAAACCAUUUAGGACAUUUUCUGCUAACGAAUUUACUGUUGGAUGUGUUGAAACGAUCGGCGCCUAGCCGAAUUGUAACGGUAUCGAGUAUGGCUCACAAGUGGGGUCGAAUAGAUAAGGAUGAUAUCAAUAGCGAGAAAGGGUAUCGGGAAUGGGACGCUUUCAUGCAGAGCAAACUGUGUAAUAUUUUGUUUUCACGGCAUCUGGCGAAGAGAUUACGGGGGACUGGAAUCCAUACGUUUUGCCUUCACCCGGGGACAAUCAACACGGAACUGACGAGAUAUUUGAAUCGAUGCAUGAUGAUUGCCGCGAAACCGCUUCUAUGGGUUUUCUUCAAAUCGGCGAAGUCAGGAGCCCAAACCACGUUAUACUGUGCAAUGGAGCCCAGGAUUGCAGGAGACACCGGAAAGUAUUACAGCGACUGUAAGCUCAAAGAACCGGAGCCCCAGGCAAAGGAUGAUGCAAUGGCCGAGUGGUUGUGGAACAUCAGUGAAAAAUUGACUGGACUUAAUCGAUAACUGGGUUGCUACCCCCCAAACUACUGAAAUUGAUCUUCACAAACGCGUCCGCUGUGCGGAGGCUCUGUUCUAGGUCUAGAUUAUUUAAACUUGUAUAAAUUAUUCAAUAAAGCGAUAAACAUUUUGCCAUGAGCAAAUUUAUUUAUAAUCGGGUGA